AUGGCUCUUUACAAGUUUGGGGAUGGCUUGUUAACAGAGAAAUGCAGACUCGCGAGCAGGGACUCAGACGGUCACGGUUACUGCACAGUGAAGCCUGAGCCCACACAUCACAUCUCCUGCCUGGAUCGCACCUUCCUGCCCAUCCUUCCUUUAGCAGCUCUGGCACCGGUUUUCUCUGCCUGGUUGGUGCGAGGCUUCAACUCCCGUAUGUUCCCUCACCUGCUGGGACCUCCCCGACCUCCAAGUUGGCUACCAGACCUGUGCUUGCCUAGAGAAACUUUCAAGUUGGCUUGGAAACCCUGCGGGCCGGCUGACAGGCGGGUCUCGUGGCUGGGCGGAGGAGGUUGCCACGUUCUCCCGGCGCACAUGCGCAGUGGCGCCAAGGCGAGGUCGCCGCGAAGCCGCCGAGGCGCCCGGGACACCGGGCGGGGUUUCUCAGGUCCGGACUGGGGCGUGCGGCACCCGGCCAAGACGUGCUGUGCUUUCCGGGGAAGGAAGUGGCGGAGCCUGAAGACCCGUGCGGCUCGGGACCGAGCCCGCCACGCAGGCGCCCGCGACGCCGCCGCCAUUGUUGCCUGUGGCCUCUCGGGCUGCUGGGGCUGCGCGGCCGCCGGGCCCGGCGACAGAAGCAUUGACAGGCUUCAAAUCACACCAGCCUCUCCUACUGCGUUCCAGUCCACCCACCUCAUCUAUUUUCCCAGCCCUUUGGAACCUAGAAUAGCUGCAGCCACCCUUGAUAUAGUGUCUUUGUGACUCUAGCAUGACACUUCAAGCAGUUGGCUUACUACUGAAGAAAUAAAGAAUAUCACCAGAUU